AUGUCCGUCAAUGACCGCGCCAGCUACAUGAACGCUCCACGACCCCGCGUUGUCUCCAAUCGCGUCGAGGCUGGGCCUCGCGGCGCAUCGCCGCUCCCCGACCACAUGGAUGCUCUACGGUCCAGCACCGCCAGUCAAAAGCACAGAAUGUCCCGGGACCAGAGAAGCAUGUCGGAAAAACGUACGGAGCGCACUACCGUCACAACUAGAGAGAAAUCAGUGCGGAGGAAUCCCAUCAAGGAGUCGUCAAGCGCGGCCAAUCGCGGUGAUCGCGAUAAGUCCCGACCCAAAUACCCCAGCCAGCUUGAUGGCGCAGGUUCUGGAGGCCCUAUACGGGAGAAAGACGCGGUUGAAACACCAUGGGAUCCGCAAGCAUCAUUGAUUCCUCAUUCCACUGCCCCUCUCGCCUGUCGUGUCUCUGUUCCUCCAUCGGCUGCGACAAUUCCCCCGGCACUUUACCCUCAACCGUUCCGAGACCUUUCACCCGAUGCCCAAGAAACGGCCGUGCUGGAGGAUCUACUGUUUGUGUUCAUGGGCUUCGAAGGCCAAUACAUCCACUACCACAGCUCUUACGAUCCAUCCGCUGAAAAAGACCGGCUGACUGGUCCGGUCUUCCAACUGGCUCCGGGUCUAGAUCCUACCUUGCGUGAUCUGACACAGUCAAUGUUGAAGAUGGCCACCCAUUACAGCGCUAUGGAGGCCUUCGUGGAGCUGCUGAGUCGUGCCGAAUAUGGCGCGGUUAGCCAUGCGCUCUGCGCAUCGAUUCGCAAGAUUCUAAAGGACUAUUUGAUUCUCAUCGCCCAGCUGGAAGGCCAGCUGCUGAACAGUCCCACAUUCACGCUACACCAACUUCAUCUGCACACAAUUUCGACGAGCCAGUGCCUUGGACAAUUAUACUCUUUAGGGCAAGAACUCCUCCGUCGCAAUGGCCUUCUAGAAGAUCAAGAUAUGGACGAGUCAAUAGACGAUUUCGAUGACGUCGACAAUAUCCUGGAACAACUAAGAGAAGGCGGCGAUCUGGUACCUGGCGCGAUGGCAAGUAAGAAGAUUUGCAAGGGUGGAAAUGUCCUUCGGCUGCUCACAGAGCGCUUGAAUACUUUUGCAGGCGAUCCAACCACCAAGACUUUAGUCCAGGGACUGCUACGGGAUGCCAGUCGACCCUACAUGAACAUGUUGAAUGAAUGGCUACACCAUGGAGGAAUACGAGACCCUCACGGAGAAUUUUUGAUCAAAGAGCAGAAGUGGAUCAAACGGGAGAAGCUUGAAGAAGACUAUACAGACGAGUAUUGGGAGAAACGUUACACAAUUCGCAAUGAUGAGAUUCCACCGCAGCUUGAUAGUGUUCGAGACAAGGUACUUCUUGCAGGAAAGUAUCUCAACGUGGUACGAGAAUGUGGUGGUGUGGAUAUCAGCAAAGCCGUCAAGGAUGUGCCCAAGACACUUGAUGAUCCCCGAUUCUUGGAGAAUGUCAAUGGCGCUUACACCUACGCCAAUGCCUCUCUACUGAACCUCCUUCUCACCAAAAACUCCUUGACAACUCGUUUCCGCUCCCUCAAGCACUAUUUCUUCCUGGAUCGCUCUGAUUUCUUUUCUUACUUCCUCGAACUGAGCGCAUCCGAAUUACGCAAACCCGCUAGGUCUGUCAAUGAAGGAAAACUUCAGUCACUACUUGACCUUGUGCUCCGACAGCCGGGGAGUAUCGCUGCACAAGACCCAUUCAAGGAGGACGUUAAAGUACGAAUGAACAAGAUUGGGCUCACCAAAUGGUUGAUGCAAGUAGUUAGCGUCUCUGGGAUUGACCAAGAUCACCCAGAGGCCGCAAUUGAGAAACAACAGGCCUCUGCCGCUCAAGCUGCGGAUGAUGAGAAAGAUAUUGUGGGAUUUGAUGCGCUGGAGCUGGACUAUACAGUGCCAUUCCCCCUCUCUCUCGUCAUCAGUCGGAAGACUGUGUUGCGAUACCAACUUAUCUUCCGCCAUCUUCUGUCCCUGCGCCAUUUGGAAACACUGCUAGUCACCUCCUGGGCAGACCAGAACAAGUUGACGAGUUGGCGACACAAAUCAUCUGAUAGACGGCUGGAGAUGUGGAAGCGUCGUGCGUGGAACUUGCGGGCCAAGAUGCUCGUGUUUGUGCAGCAAUUACUGUAUUUUUGUACUGCUGAAGUGAUAGAACCCAACUGGGUAGGAUUGAUGGACCGAGUGAAUGGAGCUGAUGCCGAAGGUUCCGAAGUGACCGUGAACGGUACCAAACAGGUCAACCGGACGGUAGAUGAGCUGAUGCAGGACCACGUGGAUUUCUUAGACACCUGUUUGAAGGAGUGUAUGCUUACCCAGGCGAAGCUAUUGAAGAUUCAUUCUAAGUUGAUGACUUGUUGUACUAUGUUUGCAUCAUGGACCGCUGCGUCCCUCACGCGUGCCCUAGCUUCCGCUGACCCCGACUUGUCUGGAGAGACAGCCACAGGAGCUGAAGCCAGACCAUAUGAUCCCACUCGGAUUGGCAAGCUCGAGGACACACUUAAGCGAUAUGAAGAUCAUUUCAACCGCCACCUGCGGAUUCUGAUGGACAGUCUCAAUUACUUCGCCGCCACUGAGAGUGUUGUUCUCCUGAAGCUUGCACAUUCCCUUAGCUCCAUUAGCAAAGAGGAUUGA